CAAUAGACGAAAAGGCGAUUUGGAAACGAAAGAAGUGACCAGUCGGAUCCCGUAAAAUCAGAUUUUGGAUCUGAAAAUGGCAUCGCUGAUUCUGGUGAACGGGGUGCACCUGGCAAAACAACAAACCGGAUUGCUGGGGGUUGUCUGCCUGAAGGCCAACUACAGCACCGAUGCGCCGCGUAAGCUGAAGACGACCAACUUGGCCGCGAUGAAGCGCGGUACCGGUGGUCGUUCCAGCUUCAACGGCAUCGUGGCAACCGUGUUCGGUAGCACCGGAUUCUUGGGCCGCUACGUGUGCAAUAAGCUGGGCAAAAUUGGCAGCCAGGUGAUCAUUCCCUACCGGGCGGACCAUUACGAAGCGCUGCGCCUGAAGCUGGUCGGUGACCUCGGCCAGGUUCUGUUCCACCCGUACGAUCUGCGUGACGAGGAAGCGAUCUACAAGGCGGUCAAACACUCGAACGUCGUCAUCAAUCUGGUGGGGCGCGAUUGGGAGACCAAGAAUUUCUCCUUCAAAGACGUGCACGUCGAUGGCGCCAGACGGUUGGCACGCAUCGCACGCCAGGCCGGCGUGGAGAAGUUUGUACACGUUUCUAGCCUGAACGCAACGCCGACCCCGCAGCCGUUCUUUACCAAGGAGGGCAGCAAGUUUCUGUCGAGCAAGUACUACGGUGAGCAGGCCGUGCGGGAAGAGUUCCCCGAGGCGAUUGUGUUCCGUCCGUCGGACAUCUACGGCCAGGAGGAUCGGUUCCUGCGCUACUACGCGCACAUCUGGCGCCGACAGUUCCGCGCCAUGCCACUCUGGUAUAAGGGUGAGCGCACGGUCAAGCAGCCCGUGUACUGCGCCGAUCUGGCCCAGGGCAUCGUUAACGCCAUCAAGGAUUCAGACUCGCAGGGUAAGACAUACCAGGCGCUGGGACCGCGUCGCUACAAGCUGUCGGCGCUGGUCGACUGGUUCCAUCAGGUGAUGCGCAAGGAUGAGAAAUGGUGGGGUUACUAUCGGUACGAUCUGCGCUACGAUCCCACGUUCCGCGUGAAGGUCCUGCUGACGGAAAUGCUUUCACCGUCGUUCCCGAUCGGUGAUCUGCACACGGAACGCGUGGAGCGUGAGUAUCACACCGACGAGGUGCAGAAGGGUGUCCCCACGCUGGAAGAUUUGGGCGUCAAUCUGACGUACAUGGAGGAUCAGGUACCAUGGGAACUGAGACCGUACCGUGCCGCCCUGUACUACGAUGCCGAGUUGGAUGAGUUCGAGAAACCUACGCCACCACAGUACAUUCAGUAGAAGCGAUUAAAUCUAACGAACAUCUUUCGGAAGCGAACUUCUAGUACCGAGCGAGCGAAUGGUUCAUUUGUUAUAUUCUGCGGUGGUUGUUGUCAACCCAAUGUAAAAACAACUAAUUCAAACAAACGAAAAUCUAGGAGAUAAAAAUAAUAAAAAUCGUAUUGUGAUUGAAACACAAACACGCCCCA